AGGCGUGCUGUCCUGCUCGCUACCAUUCGCCCGCGAGUCGGCGCACUCACCUAUCCGAGCGGCUACCGGGGCUGCAGGUCUGCUGGGCGGCAAGGCUGCCGGGCUGCAGGCUCAGCCGCUGCCUGAGAAGCACAGGCAACUAGUCCCAGUCCGAGAUGGGGAGAGGGCGAAGUUGACGGGUCCCCUACCCACGCUGCUUUCCUCCCGCCCGCAGGGGCUGCAGCCAGCUGUCUGUCGUGCUUGCUUGUUUGCCAAAGGAGCCACUCCAGGAAGAAGACCCAGAGGGGAAUUGUUAGCCCAAGGGAUACCUGCAGCCCAGCCGAGGGGUUUGGGCGGCCUGGAUGCGCAGGACCCAAACCCGCAGCCGCUGACGCCGGGCGGCGGCGAAGUUUGGCUGCUGGGCGGUGGGGUGCAGGGCCACUGGACAGCGGUCAGCCCGGCGGCCGCGACGGCGGGAGCGAUGCCGGUGGGGGGCCUGUUGCCUCUCUUCAGCAGCCCCGCGGGCGGCGGCCUGGGCGGUAGCCUGGGCGGGGGGCUCGGCGGCGUAGGCAGGAAGGGGUCAGGCCCCUCCGCCUUCCGCCUGACGGAGAAGUUCGUGCUGCUGCUGGUGUUCAGCGCCUUCAUCACGCUCUGCUUCGGGGCGAUCUUCUUCCUGCCCGACUCCUCCAAGCUGCUUAGCGGGGUCCUGUUCCACUCCAGCCCCGCCCUGCAGUCGGCAGCUGACCACAAGCCUGGGCCCGGAGGGCGCGCUGAGGACAACGCAGCAGCAGGGCGAGCCUGGCGCGGCGAGGAGGGAGCGCCCGGGGACCCCGAGGCCGCCCUGGAGGACAACUUGGCCAGAAUCCGCGAAAACCACGAGCGGGCUCUCAGGGAAGCCAAGGAGACCCUGCAGAAGCUGCCCGAGGAGAUCCAAAGAGAUAUCCUGAUAGAGAAGGAGAAGGUGGCCCAGGACCAGCUGCGUGACAGGGAGGUACUAAGGAGGUUGCCCCCGGUGGAUUUCGUGCCUCCCAUCGGGGCGGUUGGCCGGGCACCGGCCGACGCCACCAUCUGCGAGAAGAGGGCAAAGAUCAAAGAGAUGAUGAAACAUGCCUGGAAUAAUUAUAAACGUUAUGCCUGGGGAUUAAAUGAGCUGAAACCUGUGUCAAAAGAAGGCCAUUCGAGCAGUUUGUUUGGUAACAUCAAAGGAGCAACAAUAGUAGAUGCUCUGGACACACUCUUUAUUAUGGAAAUGAAAGAUGAGUUUGAAGAGGCAAAAUCCUGGGUUGAAGAAAAUCUUGAUUUUAAUGUGAAUGCUGAAGUUUCUGUUUUUGAAGUUAAUAUACGCUUUGUUGGCGGCCUACUCUCAGCCUACUAUCUGUCUGGAGAAGAGAUAUUUCGAAAGAAAGCAGUGGAACUUGGGGUAAAAUUGCUACCUGCAUUUCAUACUCCCUCUGGAAUACCUUGGGCAUUGCUGAAUAUAAAAAGUGGGAUCGGAAGGAACUGGCCCUGGGCCUCAGGCGGCAGCAGCAUCUUGGCCGAAUUUGGAACUCUGCAUUUGGAGUUUAUGCACUUGAGCCACUUAUCAGGAAACCCUAUCUUCGCCGAAAAGGUAAUGAAUAUUCGAACAGUACUGAACAACCUGGAAAAACCACAAGGCCUUUAUCCUAACUACCUGAAUCCCAGCAGUGGACAGUGGGGUCAAUAUCACGUAUCAGUGGGAGGACUCGGAGACAGCUUUUAUGAAUAUCUGCUAAAGGCAUGGUUAAUGUCUGACAAGACAGAUCUGGAAGCUAAGAAGAUGUAUUUUGAUGCCGUUCAGGCGAUCGAGACUCACCUGAUCCGCAAGUCCAGUAGGGGACUGACGUACAUCGCGGAGUGGAAGGGGGGCCUCCUAGAGCACAAGAUGGGCCACCUGACCUGCUUUGCUGGCGGCAUGUUCGCACUUGGGGCGGACGACGCUCCCGCAGACCUGACGCAGCACUACCUGCAGCUGGGUGCUGAGAUCGCCCGCACCUGUCAUGAAUCUUACAACCGCACAUAUGUGAAACUGGGACCAGAAGCCUUCCGAUUUGAUGGUGGUGUUGAGGCCAUUGCUACCAGGCAGAAUGAGAAAUACUACAUCCUACGGCCAGAGGUUGUUGAGACUUACAUGUACAUGUGGCGACUGACUCAUGACCCAAAGUACAGGAAAUGGGCCUGGGAGGCUGUAGAGGCCCUGGAAAAUCACUGCAGGGUAAACGGGGGCUAUUCAGGCCUCAGGGAUGUUUACCUGAAACAUGACAGUUACGACGAUGUGCAGCAGAGUUUCUUCUUAGCAGAGACACUAAAAUAUUUAUACCUAAUAUUUUCUGAUGACGAUCUACUUCCACUGGAACAUUGGAUCUUCAAUACCGAGGCACAUCUUCUCCCUAUUCUCCGUACAAAUAGAAAGGAAGUUGAAGUCAAUGAAAAAUAAAAAGACAUUUUACAUUUCACUCUGCUCCAUUCCUGUCACUGCAUACCUUAAUACUUCCUUUUCUGGUAUUCAGGCACAUGAUGAAUUUUUAUUACUAGGUCUAUGAUUAUUCUGAGCUCUAAAUUGUUUUGCAGUCUUUUUAUGUUUAUUAUCAUAGGCUUAGAUGGACUCCAGUUCCUUAUCAUAUCCUUUAUUAUCCAGCCAGUAGAUCACAGAUUUUUUUAAUUUUAUGUAAUCUGUUAUCUCUGGAGUUCAUGAAGGUAUGGUAUCAUUUUUAUUAAAUUGAAUAGAAUGGCAUACCAGCGACCUCUUAAUUACAAUUUUGAUUUGACUGCAAAACUUUAUCCUCCUCCAUGAGGAGAUGUCUGCUUUAAGCUGUAAUGUUUUGCCAUGUUGCAAAAAGCCAUACUAAAUUAAUAUUAAAAAGCUUUUUUUCUUUUCCAUCUCAUGUUCAUAUGGUUUGUCUGUCCACCAGAGACAGACCGUACAACUGUGACAGCCUCCUUCCGCGGGUCUAUCGUUAUCCGAUAGAACGUCUUCUAAAAUACUUCAAGUACAUGUUAAUUCAAAAUAGAAUCAUCCCAGAAGAAUCAUCUCAUACUGACCACAGUGUAUUUUUGUUGGCGAAUUAUACUAGUGUUUACGACUUUGUGAAUUAGUUCUCAAACUUUGCUUUAAACAUUUUCUGUCAUUUCUGGGUCAUGUGCUGGUUAAUUUCUCCCAUUCACCAUCACACAGCAAAAUGAGCUUGCAAGUUCUACAAAUUUCUGCUCUUACUGAAUUAUCUUUUGUAAAGGGAAAUAGUAUCACUCUUGGUGUGUUAGCUUUCACUUUUUACUAACUACACGAAGAAUUGGGUCUCGCCAAAGAGAGGGUGAAGAUUUCACGUGGUUGUUAAUUUGCAUUUCAUCAUUAAUUUUUUUUCUUGAAGUAAGCAUUACAUAUGGAUCAGAUUUUUCAAAGGGCCCUUUCUCAAAUGUAAUGUUACUUCAUUUCAGUUUAUGAAAGCAGGAUUUAAGUCUGAAAGAAGCUUUACCAAUGUAUCUAUUCAUGAUUAAUUGAGGAAAAUGUAAUAAACUUUUAGAUCAUAUAAAAAUUUAUAGUCUCUUUUGUCUGGUUAAAUUCAACAUAGAUCCCCCAGUUCAGAAGGAAUAUGUAGGAGUGGAUGUUCCCAACCCCUUGCAGUCCUGUAGCAGAUCAAAAUAAUUAUCUGGCUCUUCAAAGCAUUGUUUUGAGAUAUAAGUGGUUAUCCCAAGAAUAGAUUUGAUAGAUUUGGUGAUACCUUGUCUUUUUUUAUAUUGGAUCAUUUUAUAUAUAUAUUUUAACCACCCACAUAUUCAACGUACAGCAGUCAAAUAGAUGAGUACAACCCCAUGGACUAAGCUGAAGCAUAUGAAAUUGCUGCAUUUAUAGUUUAAAAAGUAUCCAAUUUCAGCAACUUCAUACGGUUCAACUUAAUGUUUUUAAAACAAUUAUUUUCUGAGAUCUCUACAUACUUAAUUGUUUUAGCUAUUUCAGCUUUCAAAAGUGAUUCAAAAGAUUUCCUUUGUCUGAAAGGAACACCAUGUGUGAUCUGUUCUUGUAUUGUACAUUGCUAUACAAAAUAUAUGUCAAAGAAUAAAUUAAUAAAAUUAGUAAAUGAGAAAUAUCCAUUAAUACAUCAUUAUUGACAUGCUAAUGUGUUUUGAGGCCUCAAAUAGCUUCCACUCAUAUCCUUGGCUCCCAUUAUGAAAUGAAUGGAUAGUAAGAGUUCUUUCUUCUCAGGACUUAGAGGCAAAAUGUAAAAGAUUAUUGCCAAAAUGGGCCAUAUAUAUUUAGAUUAUAAUUUUUAUAUAAAUCUGCACGGACUAACCAAUUUAAGUUCAUUUCUUUGCUCUUAAAUUUGACUUGAGAGAGCACAAAUUUGAUGUGUAUUGCUGCAGCAGAUAGGGUUUCAAUACCAGGUUUAUGUACCUGCCGCACUGUGAUGUGUUCGGGUAUAAAUGGGCGAAAAGAUCAUACUGCCUGUUCUGCCUGUGGCAAGAAAAAAGUUUUCUUCAGUUCGAGAACUUAGAUUUUUUUUUUCACAGAAGUCCCAAAUAUCAAAUAUGUAAACAAGAUAAGAAGUUAAUUUUAUGGUGAUGUAAUUUAAUUAGAGUUAUAUUUUUUGUUAAUUAUUUUAAACAACUGAAGUCCUUAGGUAGACACUGUCUUUCAUUUAUUUUCAGCAAUUUCACCUAAAAGUUGAAUAAUUAAAAUAGCACUUAGUUUUCUCUUUCUAUAUGUGUUUUUGGUUUACUUUGUGCAAUUACUAUUACACAUAUAAGUUCUAUGGCAAUGUAUAGGAGUCGAUGGUUGUCAUAACCCCUCCAUCUGUAUUACCCAUUCUUUACUAUGACUGUUUUUGAUUUGGCCAUAAGUCCAUUCUGCCAUUUCCAACUUUCUAUAAAUCUUUAAUGUUAUGGGAAACAUAAUAGAUUGACAUGUAAUUUUUAAAAGCUAUAUUUGUAAAAUUUCUCUAUUGUGAAUAAAGCCUUUUAAUAUAU